UAUGAAAACGGAAAUAUAAAAGUCUCGGAGAGAAUGUUUUUUUUUCAACAUUUAAAAGAAAUUAAAUCUUAAAGAUCUGGUAUAAAAUUGUAACAAAAGAUUCAUAAGAAAACAAAGAACGCAGCAAAUAUAAAAACUAUUAAAAAAAAUUAAUGAAAAACGACAAAAUUCAAUUAAGAAAUAAAAAAAAACUUACGAUUUAUUUAUAACAACGACAUUUUUAAGUGAUUGUUGUCUACUACAUUGUUGUUUUUGUCUGGUGUGGUUGUCAAAACAAUAAAAACAAAUUUACGACAAGGAUUUUUCAAAAUAAUCAAUGAGAAUGGAGGUUCAAACUGUCAAUAAUCAUUUAAACAAUGCUCUGAUAUCACCGUUAUCUGCCACAAAUCCUCAAACACUCAACAAUAAAACAUCAAACACAUCGUCGUCGUCGCCGCCGCCGCCACCAACACAACAAUUAGCAGCACACUUGCAGCAGGCCUCAAUGCAAUUGAAUGACAGUCUAAAAGCCCAACAACAGCAGCAACUAAGUCGCAGCAACAGUCCGGCCAGUUCAAAUUCGGAAAUUGAAAAAGAACUGCAGGAAUUGGACUUAAACAGUUCCAUGAACAGUGGCAGUAUUAGCCUGGGAGCCGAAUUAAAUUGUAAAUCGAAUGGUUCAUUAAGUGGUGCCUCUUCAACAUCAACACAAGGCCUUACAUCAACACAAGUAGUAGGAGGAUUAAAGGAUAACAACAGCUCGGCAACCUUAACAAAUGGUAGCCAAUCGGCUAAUGGUUUAAACACCAAUGCCAUAACAGGUGCGGCAGCUGCUAAUAUAAAGAAGAGAAUUUCCUCGAGUCGAACACCGACACGAAAAGCGAGACGAAUAAAAUUUUAUCGCAAUGGUGAUCGUUUUUAUCCAGGCAUAACCAUUCCAGUUUCAAAUGAACGUUAUAGAUCAUUUGAAAGCUUAUUUGAAGAUCUUACUAGACUUUUAGAAGAAAAUGUUAAAAUUCCAGGUGCAGUGCGCACCAUUUACACCAUGUGUGGCAAAAAGAUUUCUACUUUGGAAGAGUUAGAAGAUGGUCAAAGUUACGUGUGUUCCUGUAAUAAUGAAAAUUUCAAAAAAGUCGAAUAUAAUACGACCUCACAGCCCCUUACCAAUCUAUCGAUAUCGAACAAGACCUCAAAUCGUCUCUCCAAAUACUAUCGACCAUCAUCGCCUUUAAAAAACGGUUCAACUAACAGCGCUAAUGUUGGCAAUGGUGCAUCGUCCAAUGCCGCUAUAACGGGUAACACUAACGGCAGUCCAGUUUUGGUUAAAUUAAGUGAACGUGAUAGUGUGGUACAUCCACGUAUUGUAACGCUCAUACGCAAUGGAACUAAGCCACGCAAGCUUAUGCGUCUGCUGUUAAAUAAACGCAACAGUCCCAGCUUUGACCACGUCUUAACGGCUAUAACACAAAAGGUUAAACUGGACACGGGUUAUGUACGCAAAGUUUUCACCUUGUCUGGCACACCGGUAACACAAUUGGCUGACUUUUUCGGUCCUGACGAUGUCUUCUUUGCCUAUGGCACUGAACGUGUCAACAAUCCAGACGACUUUCGCUUGGAGGCUGACGAACAGAAAUCUUUACAGAAUAUACGUAAGAAUUUACGUACAGCUGGCACUACUUGCAAGGGUCCUAAACCAAAAAUGCCUGUUAAGAGUAAGAAAACCUAUGACACUUCAGCUAUCGAUGAAGAGAAACUACUCAAUGAUAGCGGCAUCGAUGCUACCGAACUACCGGCUGUUAUACGAGAACGUUAUGUUCUGGGCCAGAUAAUAGGCGAUGGCAAUUUCGCCAUUGUACUCAAGUGUAAAGAUCGUCAGAAUGGUUUAGCUUAUGCUUUGAAAAUCAUCGAUAAGAGUAAAUGUAAAGGCAAAGAGCAUUAUAUCGAUGAUGAGGUGCGUGUUAUGAAGAAAUUGUCACAUCCCUAUAUUAUAUCCCUAAUAAUGGAUGUCGAUCAACAAGCGAAUAUGUAUUUGGUGCUGGAAUAUGUUAGUGGUGGUGAUUUAUUUGAUGCUAUUACACGUGUAACACGUUUCUCGGAAGACCAAUCACGUGUUAUGAUUAAACAUUUAGCCUCUGCUAUGGCUUAUUUACAUUCCAUGAGUAUUGUACAUCGUGACAUUAAGCCAGAGAAUUUAUUGGUUGAAUUAGAUGACAAGGGCAAUGUCAUUGAACUGAAAUUGGCUGACUUUGGUUUGGCUUGCGAAGUUACUGAGCCACUAUUUGCUGUCUGUGGUACACCAACAUAUGUGGCUCCCGAAAUUUUAAUGGAAACUGGUUACGGUUUAAAGAUCGAUGUUUGGGCAGCCGGUAUUAUUUUAUACAUAUUACUUUGUGGUUUCCCACCCUUUGUUUCACCCGACAAUCAGCAGGAACCUUUAUUCGAUGCCAUCAUCUCCGGUAUCUACGAAUUUCCCGAUCCCUAUUGGUCGGGCAUUGGUAAUGGUGUGCGCGAUCUCAUUGCCAACAUGUUACAAUCCGAUCCAGAUGUACGUUUCACCAGCGAGGAUAUUCUCGAUCAUUAUUGGACUAUGGGAAAUGAUGACAUCAACGAAUACAGCAGCUGAAUGGAACAGUAGAGCAGAUUUUACAAUUUAUACAUUAGUGUAUUUGGCUACAUUACAUUUUGUAUUGGCUGGCUGCUGGUUUAAAGCUGCUGUCAUUUUGUCUUUGUUUUUUUUUUCAUUCACUUUAGUUGGUUUUGUAUAGAAAGACCUGUAGUAUUCUUUUUUUUAUACAUAUUAUACAAAAUGAUUUAGAAAUUGUUUGAAUAAUUUCAUAUAUUUCGAUUGGUUUAUUUUUUAAUUUGUAAUUUAUUAAAAUAUCUCAUACAAACAACAAACGAAAUUCGAUAAACAAAAAUCAUGCGGCGUCUUACAAAGUAUAGAUUUAUACAUUUUAAUUUGUAAAAUUGUCAAGACAAAACAAAAUACAAAAACUUUAAAAAUAUAGUUUCUUAUUAAUCUUACUAUAAUUAUCUUAUACAUAUAUAAUAAAAAAAACACAUAUUUAAGUAUUUAAUUUUUACUUUUUUUUAUAAAAAAAAAAACAAAAAAUCUAUAUAAAAAAUACAUUUAUUUUUUAACUUACACUUAAAGGUUUUAAUUAUUUGAAACAUAUUUAAAAAAUAAUUAUUUUUUUUAAAACACAAUCUUUAAACCGAAAAAUAACCAUAAUUUAUAAAUUUUCUUAAAAAUUUAUUUAAUUUUUUUUUAAAACAAUUUGUGCAUUUAUGUACACAUUCCAAGCGAAAUCGAAUCCUGAAAUAUUAAAAUGCCUUUAAAAGCCUUUUUACUUUUGUCUUUAGCUUUUCACAUAUAACAUAAAAACUAAGUAUUAAGGAUUGUGUUAAAGAUUUAAUUACUAAUCAAUUUAAUAAUUGUAACUAUAAAUUAUAGACAUUAGUAGUAUUGCUUUCUAUUUUGAAAAAUGUUAAUAUAAUUUUAUGUUUUUAUUUAAAUUAUUUUUAACCCUUGAAAUAUAUAUAUAAUAUUGUUUACAACUUUUUUUUAUUCUUUUAAAGUACAUUUUCCUUUAUUAGUUAUUAAUAAUAAGCUUUUAUUUAAACCUUUCAGACACACUCAUACUCACACACUUUUUAAUCUUCAAUAGACUUCUUCUUAACAACGACUUUGUUUAAAAAUUUGUUGCUUUUAGAAACAUUUUAAUAACAAACAACACCAUUCGUAAGUUUCCAAACAAAACAAAAAAAAACAUUUUUUUUAGAAAUAUAUAUUAAACAAGUAUUUAUAUGCAAUUUAUUAUUAUAAAACAAAAAAGAAUACAAUUUAAAACACCAUAAAUGAUUAAAAUAUAUAUAAAUAUAUCAUUAAAAACAAAUAAAUAAAUAAACAGAAGACUUUAGCUCUUCUCAAUUAUUAUUAUUAUUUAUUAUUAUAUUUCAACAUUUUACAUAAAACAAAAAGAAAUAUUAAUUUAAAUAAAAAUUGCGGCUAUAAAUUAUAUACAAAUAAUAAACAAAUAA